AUGCCCUGGUUCGUUCAAGGUAGCCGACCAGCCUCCGGCGGGUCCUAUGCUUCCGCGCGACCGCCUCUUACCGCUGCACCUGUCAUCAACCCUCAUGUUGUUACACGCGGUUCUUCGGCGUCGGUCUCGGAGAGUCCCUCCCAAGGGGAUUUUUUUCAUGUUUUUGACAGGCUGACGGUCGUUUUGAGGACUGCCCAUCUGUAUGAUCACGUUCCCAAACCGUGCAGAGACAAGGUAUCUAAAGCAUUGUCGGCUUUAUUGACGGCCGUUUGCAAUGAUCCCUGCGACGCGGCCCAUUGGUGCAGGCUCCAAUGUUUUUUCGCAUUUGUUUUGUUCAAGCCCACCAGGGGCGUUCGCAGGACUAAUCAAGCCAAUUACGUUAUUAAACGGUUGGCCGAAUUCAGUUCGACUGAGGUCGAGAUUAUUGUGGCAAGCUUCAACACUGACCACAACACCAAACCGCGUAAGCACAAUCCAAACAGUUGGAUUGAACAGGGCAGUCUCUCGGCGGCCGUCAGACUUGCUUGUUCGCCCGCAGGCUUGGCGGAGAGCUCGCCUGAGACACUCGCUAAACUCAAAGCUAUUCAUCCCAGUGCUCCAUUGAACAGGCGAGCUUUCCCCACGCAGGAGCCGUCCAAUGGUCGCGUUUCACCAGCCCAGGUGUUGACGGCUUUAAAAUCGUUUAAUAAUGGUUCAUCUGGAGGCCUUGAUGGCUUGAGGCCUCAGCACAUAAAGGAUUUACUUUCCGGUCCGACGCCCACCGAUGAAUUGUUAAAUAACCUCACCCGGUUUGUAAAUUUGUUGUUAUCUGGGGUCUGCCCUCCCGCGGAACCGUCGGGCAUUGCGGCGCACGACGGUAAACGCCCUGACGGGUAUACCUUGAUCCCUUGGAGAGCCGGCAGGGCAUCUGACGAGAAGAUCAAAAAGUACGACGGGGCUCUCCCCUCGAUGGAGUUUUUACCGAUUUGUAUCGAGGUCCUCGGCCCCAUGGACCGUAACACCUCCGGGUUUUUCAAUCGAAUUUGUAAAAAUAUCAGUAUUAGGUCAAGCUAUAGUAGGGAAUAUUUUUUUGCUAUGAAUAAUAUCUCGUGCAUCCUGCAGCGGUUUUUGCGCGUCUGUGUGUUGGAAAAUGUGGAGUUGAAUGCCGACGGGGUUGAGUGA